CGGCGGCGGCACCAUGUACGGCUUCGUCAAUCACGCCCUGGAGCUGCUCGUCAUCCGCAACUACGGCCCCGCCGUCUGGGAGGACAUCAAGAAGGAGGCACAGCUGGAUGAAGAGGGACAGUUUCUGGUCAGAAUAAUUUAUGAUGAUUCCAAAACCUAUGACCUCGUUGCAGCUGCAAGCAAGGUCCUUAAUCUGAAUGCUGGGGAAAUUCUUCAAAUGUUUGGGAAGAUGUUUUUUGUGUUUUGUCAAGAAUCUGGUUAUGAUACAAUUCUGCGUGUCUUGGGCUCAAAUGUCAGAGAGUUUUUGCAGAACCUGGAUGCUUUGCAUGACCACCUUGCUACUAUUUACCCGGGUAUGCGAGCCCCUUCCUUUAGAUGCACUGAUGCAGAGAAGGGAAAGGGACUCAUUCUGCAUUACUAUUCAGAAAGAGAAGGUCUGCAGGAUAUUGUCAUUGGAAUCAUCAAAACAGUAGCUCAACAGAUCCAUGGUACAGAAAUAGAUAUGAAGGUUAUUCAACAGAGAAAUGAGGAGUGUGACCACAUUCAAUUUUUAAUUGAAGAGAAAGAGUCUAAAGAAGAGGACUACUAUGAGGACCUUGACAGAUUUGAAGAAAAUGGUACCCAAGAGUCUCGCAUCAGUCCCUAUACUUUCUGCAAGGCAUUUCCUUUCCACAUCAUCUUUGACAGAGAUCUGGUGGUCACACAAUGUGGCAAUGCUAUAUACAGAGUCCUUCCACAGCUUCAGCCAGGAAAUUGCAGUCUGUUGUCGGUUUUCUCCUUGGUCCGGCCUCAUAUUGAUAUUAGCUUCCAUGGGAUCCUCUCCCAUAUCAAUACAGUCUUUGUACUGAGGACUAAGGAAGGGCUGUUGGAUGUGGAAGAGUUGGAGUGUGAACAUAAACUGACUGGCACAGAAAUCAGCUGCUUACGUCUGAAAAGGCAAAUGAUCUACUUUUCUGAAGCAGACAGCAUUCUCUUUCUUUGUUCACCAGGGCAAAUGAUCUACUUGCCUGAAGCAGACAGCAUUCUCUUUCUUUGUUCACCAAGUGUGAUGAACUUGGAUGAUUUAACCAGAAGAGGUUUAUAUCUGAGUGAUAUUCCAUUGCAUGAUGCUACCCGUGAUCUGGUUCUUUUGGGAGAGCAGUUCCGAGAGGAAUAUAAACUGACCCAGGAGCUUGAGAUCCUCACUGACAGACUGCAGCACCCACUGCGUGCACUGGAAGAUGAAAAGAAAAAGACAGACACGUUACUGUACUCUGUUCUGCCACCAUCAGUGGCAAAUGAGCUCAGACACAAGCCUCCUGUUCCAGCCAAGCGCUAUGACAACGUCACCGUUCUUUUCAGUGGCAUUGUGGGGUUCAAUGCCUUUUGUAGUAAACAUGCCUCUGGAGAGGGAGCCAUGAAAAUUGCCAAUCUUUUAAAUGAUCUUUACACAAGAUUUGAUAUUUUGACUGAUUCACGAAGGAGUCCAUUUGUUUAUGAGGUGGAAACAGUUGGAGUCAAGUAUUUGACAGUGAGUGGUCUACCCGAGCCUUGCAUGCAUCAUGCACGAUCUAUCUGCCACCUGGCUUUGGAUAUGAUGGAAAUAGCAGGCCAGGUUCAAGUAGAUGGUGAGCCUGUACAGAUAACCAUAGGAAUCCAUACUGGUGAGGUAGUCACAGGUGUCAUAGGUCAAAGGAUGCCAUGGUAGUGUCUCUUUGGAAAUACUGUCAAUCUAACAAGCAGAACAGAAACUACUGGAGGAAAU